CCCCCUCGCCUUGCCAAGAUGCCUAUGGCGUCCGCCUUAGGCACGAGGCAUCCUCCUAGGCGUCGCAAGGCGUCGUCUGGGCGUCCCAGAGGACGAGGCGGGCGCCAUAGAUGGGGUAUCGCGCGGGAAAUCGAGGGGCGCGCGGGAAAUCCAGGGCCGGGCGGGAAAUCGAGGGGUGGGCGGGAAAUCGAAGGUGCGGGCGCGAAAUCGAGCGGCAAAACCACCCAAUCCCUACAAAAUCGAGAGAGAAUAGAAAGAGAGAGAAGAACGAGAGGGACUGAGGGAGGCGGAAGAACUCGCGGCACCUGGGCGAAUCUUGGGCGACGGUGACCCCUGCGCCGCCGCGCAUCUCCGCCUAUCCGCGAGGCCACUGCCUCGUGCGGCCCUGCCUCCUCUGCGCCACAUCUGCUGGUCGGCGGCCCCGGCUCCUCUACGCCGCCGUGCGGCCCGGGCUCCUCUGGACCUCUUCUGCUGGUCAACGGCAGCUGGUCCGCGGCCUCGUGCGGCCCUUCGCAAGACUGCAAUGGCUAGCCAACAGGGAAACAAUACAGCAGCAAGUCCAGCUUCAGUGGCAGCCGAGUACGAUCCUAAGACUGGUCCAAAGAGAAGACCAGCAAACUCAAAAGAUCCAGGAUGGGAGUUUGGCUACUGGGAAGACCCUAAGGAUCGAGAUAAGGUGACAUGCAAGUUGUGUAACAAGAAGAUUCCAGGAGGAAUUAAAAACUUGCUGCUUGGGAGAAGAGAAAGAAUGGCAGGAGCAAUUGGGAAGGGAAGAAUCUAUGGUACAACAGCUCAACAAAGGUAUGUAUAUGCUACUAAAUUUUUUGCUGUCAUAGUAUAUUUAGGAUACGUCUAUGGCGUCGCCUCGCCGCGCGCCUUAUACGCCUAGGUGUUGUGAGGGGGGUAGGUCGCCACGAGUCGCCGCAGCGCCGUGAGAACAUUAUAAGACCCAAUGCAGGGUAGUCAGGGAUAAGUCCCCCAAUCUCCUUUGGUCGAACCUGCCGGAGCUUUUCCGCGUUGUGUCGGACUUCUCCCUCCAGUCAGCAAGGUAUUUCAAGGGCUUAUGGUCGAUGGCGCAAACAAAUGAUCAGCUGGAUGAUUGAUCUGCGGGCGCCUGCUAUAUUUUGCUGUGGUGGCUUUUGUAUGUAUGUAUGUAUGUGUUGAAUUGAAUGUUGAUAAGCUUGAUAUGUUGUUAUAUGUCAGUUUUGAGUUGCA